AGAAAAUUCUUUACUUCUCCUUUCCUCGCGAUUGACCACCCCACUUCUUUUCUCUCGCUCGCGCUGUAACAUCUCGAGGGACUCCGUUCUUGGAAAUUGCCUGGAUCCUUCUCCGUUUUCCUCCUUCCUGCAAUAUACUGCUUGGAUCGGGGGAGUUCGUUAGGGUUUUCGCGGCAAACUUUUAGUAUUUCGAACACUAGGGUUUCUCAUGAUCUGAUGAGUUUCGCCUUCCUCUGCGAAUGUCUUGCCCCCAAUUCCUUGUCCUGCUGCUGCUGUUCUUUUUCGUUGUUUCGGGGAACCCGGACCUUGGCCGCCGAGUCGAGGAGGAAUCGGACCCGGGAGGGGCUUUCGCGGAGCUGAGCGAUAUUUCUAUUUGGCACGACUAUGCGCCGCCGGCGCCAACGCCACCUUCACCCUUCACUCCGCCAGCAUUCUCCUGCGAAGAUGAUCUCGGGGGAGUCGGAUCCUUCGACACGCUCUGCUUGUUGAAGUCGACUGUGCAGCUCACCGGCGAUGUCUACAUUAAAGGGAACGGUAGCCUUAAUCUUCUCUCGGGGGUUGAGUUGAGCUGUCGGAAUAAGGGAUGCCAUAUCCUGGCCAAUCUCUCCGGGAAAAUAACCCUCGACCCCCGUUCGGCCAUCGUUGCCGGAACGAUUAAUCUGGCUGCGUUCAGCAUGAGUAUUGGGGACGGGGCGGCUCUGAACUCAUCGGCCUUGGCUGGCGAUCCGCCGCCAAAGACUAGUGGGGCAGCAACUGGGAUCCAUGGCGAUGGUGGCGGAUAUGGAGGCAGAGGAGCUAGUUGCUUUGUGAGGGAAGGACAGACUCAGGAUGACUCCUGGGGUGGAGACGCCUACGCGUGGGCAACACUUACGAUACCAGAUAGCUAUGGAAGCAAAGGUGGCUCGACUAGCCUGGAAGAGGAUUUUGGGGGAAGUGGUGGAGGCCGUAUCUGGUUGGAGAUUGAGGAAGUGCUCGAUGUCAAUGGAACGAUCAGUGCGGAUGGUGGUGAUGGGGGACUGAAAGGUGGUGGCGGUUCUGGCGGGAGCAUCUAUAUAUCGGCUGCCAAAAUAAAGGGCGGUGGAAAGAUUAGCGCUUCUGGAGGUGAUGGUUUGGCUGGGGGUGGAGGAGGGCGUGUGUCUGUUGAUAUUUUCAGCAGGCAUGAUGAGCCUGAAAUUUUUGUUCAUGGAGGUAGGAGUCUGGGUUGUCUUAGUAACAAUGGUGCUGCUGGAACUCUUUAUGAUGCCGUACCUCGAAGCCUUAUUAUGUCUAACCACAACCGCUCAACAAGGACUGAUACCCUUCUUCUAGAAUUUCCAUAUCAACCACUCUGGACAAAUGUGUUUGUUAGAAAUCAUGCCAAAGCUGUUGUUCCUUUGCUAUGGAGUCGUGUGCAGGUUCAAGGACAGCUCAGUCUGCUUUUUGGGGGUCUACUGACUUUUGGUCUGAAAAAGUAUCCAUACUCUGAAUUUGAACUCAUGGCUGAAGAGCUUCUAAUGAGUGAUUCUAGCAUCAAGGUAUACGGGGCCUUGAGGAUGUCAGUAAAGAUGUUCUUGAUGUGGAAUUCCAAAAUGUCUAUUAAUGGAGGCGGGGACACACUAGUAGCAACAUCUUUAUUGGAGGCCAGCAAUUUAAUUGUUUUGAGGGAAAAUUCGGCAAUACAUUCCAAUGCUAAUCUCGGUGUUCAUGGACAAGGACUUUUAAAUUUAUCAGGAACAGGAGAUACUAUUGAAGCACAACGGCUCAUCCUUUCUCUCUUUUAUAGCAUCAAUCUUGGACCAGGAUCUGUUCUUCGUGGCCCUUUGGUAAACUCCACAAGUGAUGAAAUGGCUCCUAGGAGGAACUGUGAACCCAUGGAUUGUCCUAUGGAGCUGAUUCAUCCACCUGAAGAUUGCAACAUCAAUUCUUCCCUGUCUUUCACCAUUCAGAUAUGUCGUGUUGAAGAUAUUGGAGUGGCAGGCCUUAUACAAGGCACUGUUGUUCAUUUUCACAGGGCAAGAACAGUUGUCGUUCAUCGUUCUGGAACAAUUAGUGCCUCUGGUUUAGGCUGCAAAGGUGGUGUUGGCAGAGGAUUGGUUUUGAGCAGCGGUGUUGGUGGUGGUGGAGGCCAUGGAGGUAAAGGUGGGGAUGGUUUAGUUGGCAGUGAUUAUGUCCAGGGCGGUAUCACAUAUGGAAAUACUGCUUUGCCUUGUGAACUCGGCAGUGGCAGUGGUAACGACAGCAUGCCUGGUUCUACAGCUGGAGGGGGUAUUAUUGUGAUGGGCUCCUUGGAGCAUUCUCUAUCCAGUCUUUCUGUCCAUGGUUUUAUAAUAGCGGAUGGCGAGAGUGCCUCUAAUAUUUCAAAUUUCGGACCUGGUGGCGGAUCUGGGGGUACAAUUCUUGUGUUCUUGCAUAAUCUCAUGCUUAAUGAAGGAUCAUUUGUUUCAACUAUUGGUGGUGUUGGUGGUUCAAACAGUGGAGGUGGAGGUGGCGGCAGGGUUCACUUCCAUUGGUCUAACAUUCCCACAGGAGAUGAGUAUUUCCCUAUAGCCAGCAUAGUGGGAGCUAUAUCUGCAAG